AUGGCCCACGGGUUCGAAGUCUACCGGGUUCCAGACCUUAAUGUUGACGUCGAAGUUGCUCUCAGGAAGAGCGCCGAUGACUUCAAGGGACUGCUCAAUGAUAUCCAUGUCGAUAAGAUCGAAAAGACUACCUUCUCCGAUAUAUGCCGAAGUCUUAGCGCUAUUCAAUUCCAGCAACAAGAAAAGAAGACCUUGAUGAAUCUCAACAGGAUUGAGUUGUUCCUUAGCGGCAUGCACUCAUUACAAGACGUCCUUAGAGGUAGGGGCAUGGAAGAUGUCGAUGGUAUCAUGGCAUUUAUCUGGGGUCCAAUGAGGUUUCUACUUGAGACCACCAACGUCAACGAUAAGGCAUUUGAUCACAUACUCGACGUUUACCAACGACUUGGCAUCCAGAUUCUUCCCCUUGACGAAUACAAGCAAUUCUUCGCAGAGUCGGUCAAUGGCAGAGUAUGCCUCCUCAAUAUCUACAAGGACGUCGCCGAGUUCCACAAAACCGCAUAUAGGUUAUUUUCUCUUCGCAGCUCGUUAUGGGGUAAGCUAUACAAAGCGACAUGGAAAGAUCUAGGAUCGACCUUCGAUCACCUAGCAGCGAGCCUCAAACUCCACGCAGACUUCAUUCGAACCCACGGAGAUCGAUAUGCUUUGCGCGUAGACUCAGGCUUCGAAUCACCACAAGACAACACUCUAUUCGACCAUAACAACUUCCGUCGCAAAUCUCACGAGUACAUGGACAGGUACCGCCAGCAAUGGAAGGAUUUCAGAGAUAAUGAAACAGCCAGGAAGAGGGAGCAAAAAGGCAAGGUCCUCAACUGGAUCGCCGUGCCUAAGACGCUAGAGAAUCUACACAAGAGCUUCGUCAAGAAGAGAGAGCCGUGUCCUGAGACCGGACGCUGGCUUUACACCCGUUACGACGAAGUCUCGAACUGGAUGCGCGAGGACAUUCCCAAUGUUUCUGCCCUUUGGUUCCAUGGCAAGAGAGGCAUGGGCAAGACCGUAUUGUCGUCUCUCGUGAUUACCCGCUUGGAAGAACUCAUCAGGACCAAAACCAUACCCUCCGACGUGCAGAUUUGCUACUUCUACUGCCGCGAGGACGACCCUGAGCUGAACACGUAUUUUGGAAUAUUAAGGGGCAUCAUCCACCAGCUUAGUCCAGGCCACUGCAGCAACAACAAUGGGUUUAUACUCCCUCUCUGCGACGACAAGAUCUCAAGUAGCGGUGGCUCGACUCUGUCGACCGCAGAGGGGUGUCUCUCGCUCAUCGAGGCCUUCUUCGAGAUCCACCCCCGUCUGUACAUCGUCGUGGACGGACUUGACGAGUGUACUGGCCGCGUGGAGAUUCAUCAGGCGGUCUCCUUCCUGGUAAGCCAGGUCUCACGUCUUGACGAGAUUAAUCAGGGACAGCUGCGCGUGCUCUUCAUGAGUCAGCAGGCCCCCGACGUCAAAUCGGCCAUGAUGAAGCCUACCGUCAGUCCACUCAUAGGCGAGGUUGAGCUCAAAGAUAACGACAACACGCAGGAUAUACGGACUUAUGUGAGGAGUCGGAUGAACCCAGCAGAGUUGGCCAGAUUGCGCCGACCUGUGAGAGGAAGGAUCAACCCCCGUGAGGAGUUGAUGCCCCCUGGAAACAACUUCAACCUUCUCGAGAGAGACAUACUGCGCAUCGAGGAGGAGGUAUCGAUGCAGAGUGAGGGCCUUUUCCUCUAUGCGGUCCUUGCUGUGGAAUACUUGUUGAAUCAAUUCACCAAGGGAGACCUUCUGCAGAAAGUCAAAUCAAGAAUGCUUCCUGAAGGUAUUGCUAAGAUGUAUGACGAUCUGCUGGGGACUCUCAAGGAGAAAAUGUUGGACUUGUCUGAGACCCACUGGGAAAAGGCCAAGCUGCUCCUCGGAUGGCUGGCCUGCGCUCAUCGCCCGCUCAAAUGGCACGAAAUACAAGCCAUCAUUGCUUUCGACCUCGUGGAAAAUGAGAUCAACUUCGAUCUCCGGAUGAUUCGGAGAGACAACAUCAAUGACUUUCUCGGCUCGCUGGUCGAGGUCUUACCGGGCGAUGAGAUUCGGCUCAUGCAUUCAACCGUCAAGCAACAUCUGGUGGAUAGUAGACACGUUCACUCGAAAUCAGUUCAAUGUGAUCUCGCCAUUCUGUGUCUUCGCUACCUAUCCCUGCCUUGCUUUACGGACGAGAACUACACCCCAGCCGAACGCUAUGAACAGAUUCAACUGGGCUACUUCUCAUUCCAAGACUACGCCGUGCCUAAAUGGUACAAGCAUCUUGAGACCGUCAUCGAAGACUGUCAUGACAUCUUUGCGCCCGACUUCUACGUCGACGCAGAGCAGGGACGGCAGCGUAAUUUCGUCUACGACUUCGACGAUGCCUUACACAGGUUCACACAAGCCUACGAUACAGACCUCAGAAGUCUGACGGACAUACACCAAGAGUUCCCGCAUGAGCAUCUCUUAAACUAUACUCACUUACCAUUCUACACUAAUCUCAUGCGGUUAUGGAACCACAUCUACACACACCAAAAGGAAUCCGUCGACGACCGCAACAAAGCCGGCAUCAAGCGUCUCCAAGACGCCUUCCUAUCUCACCGCACGGUCCUGGAAGAAGAAUACAAGCCGAGCUCGAUUAUGUGCGGACAGGACACAAUUGAGACAUACUACGGCCCCAACCAGUUCAAAUGCGAACGCACGCUCUGCAAAUUCUUCUACGAAGGGUUCAAGACCAAAAAAGAACGAGACUCCCACCACAACCGCCACAACAGACCCUACUCAUGUCGCCUGGAGACGUGCAGCGCGGCGCCCUUUGGCUUCUCGUCCAACAAGGACAUGGAGAGGCACAUGAGGACGUACCAUCCAGAUGACAGCGAAGGACAGACGCCCUUUAUACAGAUGAGCAGGAGGGUUGAGCAGGCCAAGUUCCCGUGCAAGAUUUGUGGCAAGUGUUUCACGAGGAAUAUCAACUUAAAGGGACACAUGAGGAGCCAUUUUGGCGAGAGGCCGUUUGCCUGCUCGAAUUGCGGAAAGGCGUUUGCGAGGUUGAACGAUUGCCGCCGGCAUGAGCGGAUUCAUACCAGGAAAGGCUCCUGA